AUGGUGCCCCAAUCACCAAGGGGAGACACUCCCCACCUCCGCCUCAACUCGGGCACCCAACAACCCAUAACCGACGACCAACCCAUACCUUCGCCCAGGCUCACAAACACGGCGCGCUCGUUGACCCAGCCAAUUCGCCCAAGUCCUGUCCCCGCUGCCGGCCCCGGCUUGCAAUCGCCUGGCGUGUCCCAUGUCUACGCCAACGACGCCAUCGCAGAGUCCUCUGAGAUGCUGCUGCCUCCCUCAAGACUCAGGCCCCGCUCUUAUCGCGACGAAUCGCCCAUGCAAUCGCCCUCUGGCAUGUCCUCGAGGCGGACAAGCUGGAGUUCCGACUUUACCGGAGGUCCGUUUGGCACGCCCUUUGAUGACUCGAGAGCCCCGUCCCGUGCGGGAAGUGAAGAAGAUUUGAACACGCAAACUGUAUCCGAAAAGUUUAACAUUUUGCCCUCUGCUGGACUAUUGCUUUUCCCCGAGGACGUUGAAAAAGACGACUACCUACACAACCCCGACCCCAACGAAAAGGAUAGGCGAGACUGCGACAUUUUUACCCGAAGAGGUAUGGUGAACAUUGGAGGCUUGGCCGUGCUCGCCCUCGGUCUGCUCAUGCUCUUCAUUGGUUAUCCUAUCCUUACCUUUGUUGAAAAUGUCACAAAACCGGUACGGGGACCAUGCACAGACAACCCUCUGUGUAUACCCGGCAAGCAAGACGAGCCGCUGCUCCAGAAUAUUCGGACAGGCCUCAUCGACCCAGACACGCCCAAAGAGGCCAUGACGCGCAUCGGAGCCAAUGGCGAGAAGCAGGUUUUGGUCUUUUCCGACGAAUUCAACACUCCCGGUCGCACCUUUUACGACGGUGACGAUCCCUACUUUCAGGCGGUUGAUAUCUGGUAUGGUGCGACUAUGGAUUUGGAGUGGUAUGACCCCGAUCAGGCCUUCACCAAAGACGGUGUUCUCAACCUCAAAUUCUCGGCUGAACCGAGCCAUGGCCUCAAUUACCGCUCGGGUAUGAUUCAAUCGUGGAACAAGCUGUGCUACAAGGGCGGCCAUCUCGAGGCCAGUAUCUCCCUCCCCGGAAAAGGCACUGUUAGUGGUUUCUGGCCUGGUUUUUGGACCAUGGGCAAUCUUGCCCGUCCAGGUUACCUCGCGUCUACAGAGGGACUCUGGCCGUACAGUUACCACGACAAGUGCGAUAUUGGCAUCACGCCCAACCAAAGUUCCUACGACGGUCUCAGCUACCUGCCCGGCAUGAAGCUUCCUGCUUGCACAUGCACGGGAGAAGAUCACCCUUCUCCUGGUAAAUCUCGUAGCGCGCCGGAAAUUGAUGCUCUAGAAGGCUCGGUCCACUUUCUGGGUCCUGGAGAGAGCAACUCGGUCGGUGUUGUGUCUCAAUCUUUCCAGGCUGCUCCUUUUGAUAUUUGGUACCAGCCAGACUAUGACUACGUGGAACUGUACGAUACCUCGAUUACCCAGAUGAACGCCUACAAGGGUGGACCUUUCCAGCAAGCAAUCUCUGGUUUGACCAACCUGAACAACGAUUGGUACGACGGCAAGCAAUACCAGACGUACUCGUUUGAAUACAAGACUGGCAGCGACGGCUUCAUUACGUGGUACGUUGGACAGGACAAGACCUGGACCAUGACUGCCCCGGCUACCCGUGCCAAUGGCAACGUCGGCACGCGGACUAUCCCCGAGGAACCUCUAGCAAUCAUUGCAAACUUUGGCAUGUCGAACAGUUUCGCAGCUAUCAACCUGGACGAAAUCGCCAAGGAGCUUCCGGCUACCAUGCGCGUAGACUACAUUCGCAUCUACCAGCCAGAGGACAACCAGAUUGUCACUUGCGACCCUGACGGCUACCCCACGACUGAAUACAUCAGGACACACCCUGAGCCUUAUGCCAACCCCAACCUUACCGACUGGAAAUCUACCCCCUAUGACUGGCCCAAGAACUCGUUCAUGGAUGGCUGCAAGUCCUGA